UUGUUUCUGUCUGUCGACCCGUCGCCAUUUUAGCGACGAGACAGAAGAGUUCGUCUUCAACAAGAAAAUCGUCGUUUGACGACGGGAAGGGGCUUUCUGCUCCUUGAAGCACAUUUAUUUGGCCUAUCCACCAACCCAUAUAUUUCAAGUGAUAAGUAAUACCGUUUAGAGGUAUUUUUUAUUCCCACACCAAGAUUGAAACAUGGCUUGCUGAAAAUGUCGGCCGUGAAGCUGAGUACCGUUUCUCCAUGCGGAGAAGUGUUCUCCACCGUGAUUGCUGUAGAUGUUAGAAGAAUACAUAAUGGAAAAAAAGCCAGUCCGUUCGGUUCAGGCCCUUGGCAAGGGGCCGGGAACUGACACCAAAAAAAGCCAAGAUGGAGCUGGUGGAAAGGCUUUCCCCCGCUCUUCCAGAAGACGUGAAACAGCAGGAGCAAGUGCUCCCAAAUAUGACCCGGUUCGGAAACCAACAGCACAGAAAGGAAAAGCUUUUGACAAGAGACCUCGACCUCGUGGACCUUAUUUGGAGGGUAGAAAGGAGGGUCCCCAGAUAGCAGCAGAGGAGAUGGAGUAUGGCUCUGUCAUAGCUCCAGGAAGCAAGAAGCAAAACUUAAAUCAUUUGUUGAAUUUUCAUUAUGCUCCAAGAGAGGGAACAAGCAAUCAGCAUUGGCGACACCAUACCAACAGUGGCCAUGGCUCUGGAUUGGCACGUUAUUUCAGGGGAACUCCUCACAAAUACAACAAAGAGCAAUUUUUGCAGGCUAACUGUCAGUUUGCUGUCAAAUCAGAUGGAGAUUAUAAGCAAUAUCUAUGCAACCCAGAUCAACUUGUUGAUUGGGAUCUUGUGGAGCAAAUACGUGUUAUGAGUCCAGAAGAAACAAACUGCCCCAUUUGCCUCUACCCACCAGUGGCAGCAAAGAUGACACGCUGUGGCCACAUUUUCUGUUGGUCUUGCAUUCUGCAUUACUUAGCACUUUCUGACAAGUCCUGGCGCAAAUGUCCUAUCUGCUAUGAGUCAGUCCACAAACGUGAUCUGAAGAGUGUGCUGGCUUUGAAACCUACAGCAUUUUCUGUUGGUGGUGAGAUAACAAUGCGUUUGAUGCGCCGUGAACGGGGUUCACUUGAAGCUGUUCCAGUUGAACAGUGGGAUCUACGUCCUUCAGUGCCUCUGCUGUCUGUUUCUGAAUCAGCUGUAGACACAUUCUAUGCCAAAUUGCUUUUAGCUGAUUCAUCUGAUGUGCUUAAGAUAAUGGAUGGUGAGAAGGCAGCCCUUCAAGAACAGCUAAAAACUGAUAACGGGAGCCCAGAGGUGUGCUUUGUGGAACAAGCCAUGGAAAUGUGGCUUGAGAGGGAGGCUCUAGUGAAGGGAGUUAAAUUGGACCGCUCAGUAUCAGAUCUAAAAAAAGCAGAGUUGUUGAAUGAGCCUCAAGAGGUGUAUACUACCAUGGCAAUGGUAGAAGAAGGGGCGUCUGGGGAAAUAUCUGAAGCAAAAGACAUUUUCAAUGGUGCCGCAGUCACAGUGGACAAGAAAAUUGAGAGACCACGUUUGGAAAGCACUAGCAGUGAAGAUAAUGGGACGACCAUAACAGCUGAGGAUCUUGAACAUAGUACCUUGAAACAACCCCUGAAACAUUUUUAUUUCUAUCAAGCCAUGGAUGGACAGCAUAUUUACCUUCAUGCUCUUAAUGCUCGGAUGUUGGAGAUGGCAUAUGGUUCUCUUGAAAAGUGUCCUUUAACAAUUUCUGGGUGCAUUGUGGAGAAAGAGAUGGGGUCCAUGACUGAAGACUUGCGCAAACGUCUUCGUUACAUGCAACACUUGCCUGUGACCUGUCAGUUUGAAGUGGUUGAACUAACUCUUGAUGAGUCUAUCAUUCCACUUGAAAUACUUGACAUAUUCAAAGAACAAGUAGAGACUCGCCGUCGACGUCGGCAGAAGCGAGAUCGGGAAGAGAUGCGUCGUGAGAAGAAGAUAAAUGAUGAAGAAAACAGACGCUGGGGAAGGCACCCAACACCCCACAUACGAAUUGCUUCUCACCAUCAUUUUCCAAUUUGUGGCAAUGAGUCAUCUCCACCUUCGUCGUCUGUACCAAAGUCACCAUCAGUUUCCAGUCUUGCUAGCACUUCUACUCAAUCCUCUCUGAACAUCUCUGUUGAGAACUUGAAUUUAGAUGGGCCUCAAGAGGUUGAGCAAUAUCCAGCAGUUGGGCAAGAAACUCCUACUGACAGCAAUGGUCCAUCAUUUGCACAGAUGUUACGCACUGGAAAGAACUCAUUUUCCAGUAGAGCAGGUUGGAACCGCCAGUCGACCCCUCUCACUCAACCAAUGUUGAGUUCUCCAGCUCACAGACAACGCACAGCAUCUGAUAGCGAGCCUGAGCCUGAAGGCUAUGUUCCAGCUCCAACAUUCAGUCAGAGCUUCAGUGAUGCAAUAGCUAUUGCUUUAGCUAAAUCUGAGGGACCUUCCCAUGAAGCUAAUGCAGAUCUAUCUGGAGGUGGAAAGAAAAAGAAGAAACAGAAACCAAAAGUUCUGUUUUCUACUUCAAUGGCCUUCUCAGGCAAAUGAGAAUAAUACUCGUACUCUUGGCUAGUUGUCACAUGUCCAUGUCGCUUGUUUGUUAUUAUUUUGAUUGAAAUAAAACAAAAAUGGGGCCUUUUAAUGUUGAAAAAUAUUAAACAUAUUUCUUUUUCAAAAGACUAAAACCUAAAAAAACAUUGUUUUUAUUUUAAAAGGUAGUUUUCUUCACAAAUAGUUGAAGGGUCUUAUCUAGUUUGCUCUGUUACUUGUAGAUUUUUACCAGGGGCACAAUUGUCAAGACUACAUAUAGUAGAUACGCCUCAAAGCAUCUUCAAUGGUUUUCUUUGUGAAGACUGAUGUGCUCAUUUGUCAUUCAUACUCACUCUCUGUAAGCAAUCAUAUCUUUUCUGAACGCUAGAUUAAAUUGCCUUUACGUUUCUGGUCCUUGAAUUUGAUUGUAAUUUAUUUUGUUAGGGCUGAACUUUAUUAUAAUUUUAUGCAAUUCUUUGUGAUAUGAUGGCAAGAUAAAUCUUUCAGAGGGGAAUGAAUUAGUGUAUCCUACACUAACUUCUUCUUUACUUCUAUUUGACAUUUCUUGCCAUUUGGGAUUUUAUUUGUGUAGGGAAUGACUUAUGACAUGGUCUGUGAUUGUAAUACAGUAAUGGUAAAACCUACUGGGAUGCCUCGGACCCAGUGGGCUCUUUUACCAGAAGCUACAGUGUAUUGUUAAUUAAAACAAAUUCUGAUAAUAAAAACUUUAUCUGUGCAAUCAA